AUGGGCGCGGGCUUCCUCGUCGGAGUUUUCGGGGUUUUGUUCCUCGCACACGCGGCCUACUCCACCAUCCAGUAUAUAUCCCUGCUCAAGAUCACCGAAGAAGAGUUUUCAGGGCCACCAAUCAACGUAGUAAUUGAGUUGAUUGGAGGACUACUGUUGUGUAUGUGGGCUGCUUUAACCGUCCCUGGGAAGUUCUUGUCGAUACUCCCACAUUCUGAUGAGAAUAGGGUGGUAAGCUUACCAGCCAAUCUGGAUUUUAUGAUCUUCAACCAUCGUGGGAAAGCAUUUCCUUUGCCAAUGGAGGUUGAAGCUAAGUAA